AUGCCAAUUAUCGACAUGCUUCCACGUUUGAUGACUGCAGGGUUUCUGAGGGACAACAAAUCCGGGUCGGUAAGGCGCAUCCAUGUUCCCAGGAAAACGGGAUGGAAUCAAGCCGGCCAGUGCAAGGUACCACUACGUGCCACGAGCAUGAAACAUUGGUGGAUGCUCAAGUCACUGAACACUGCCCACACCCGUCCUAGCAUCUGGGUGGCAGCCCUUGGCAAGGUUGGGGUUCAUCGGGGCUGUACGGUUUUUUUCGCAGUGCGGAGACAAUUCGAGUUCCCCAUGGCUUCCAUGGGUGCCUCGUGUGAGCUGCCCCGGCCGGCGACCCAUGAUGCGGAAUGCUUUGUUAUCCAGGAGCUCGACGUGUCGUACUCUGUGCAGAGGCUUGAGACCGCCGUGGCAAAGGUCGGCACUAGUCUUUUGUCUCAUCGUGGCCCGGUGCUUGGUGGCAUGAGGACUGAGGACGAAAAGAGGCAUCUAACCACCAGAACUUUGGUCUCCACCUGCCGCACAUACAUUUCCCAAGGGGCCGGUUGCACCAAGAUCAAGUCUCGGGCUGGGCCAUUUCGAACUCUGGCCAUCGACUGGAUGGAAUACGCCUCUAGAGAGCGGUGCCGCGACGUGGUGCCUCUAGCGUGCGAUGACUAUGACCGAACGGCUCUGGAACCCUUCCAACGUCUGAACCCUUGGACCAGCCAACAAACCCGCCAGCCCGGAUUGGCAUGGCAUCACAGACAAGAGACUCAGUCACGCCGCUUGGGUCGUGGAACUCUAUUUGGGCCGUCCCGAUUCUUCGAAACUCGAUGUUUUUGCCGCGUGUCGUGGCCGGUGGUCGGACGGCUGUUCUCAACGAAGACUUUGAACCACCAGCCCACCUUGUUGUCUCUGCCAGUCGAACAUGUACGAUGCAAGCUGUCCCGCACACUGGAACUUGGAGGCUUGACAAGAUUGAGCUGCCCCGAUGCCGUUUUGGGACACGAUGCCGCGAACAAGAUGCUGACACGCAUCGUCGUCCCAAGGAAGGGCGGGAGGAAUAGCAACAUUAGUGGCCGUCACGAAGACAUGGAUCGGUACAGAUUCUCUCUCCGGCCCGUACAUGAUCCCAUUACCUUUGAGGAGGCACAGGCGCCGUCGUAUGGUUCGAGGUCGCUAUAUCCAGUCAACAGUGCUACCCACACUCCAGGCACCGCCUGGAACAGCGCGAUAUGGGGUGACUGCAGGACAUCCAAUGUCAUGUCCAACCUCUAA